UAUUCGGUUCUUGAUUCCAGUACCUUCCUCGCAUCCCUCUUUCUAACUAUCACUCGCCAAAAAUCCCCAAAUCACAAUGGGUUGGUUACCGUGGUCCUCCGACUCGAAGAACACCGCUUCCGAUGGAGGCCGCAUAGCCCCCGAUCGGUCCUCUCGACAAAAGUGCUGGGAGGGUCGUGACUUGUUCUUCUCCUGCUUGGACGAUAAUAAUAUCUUGGAUGCGAUCAAGGAGGAUAAGGAAGCGCGACGGAAAUGUGGGAAGGAGAUUGCGGAGUUUGAGUCGGCUUGUUCAAAGGCUUGGGUCAAAUAUUUCAAGGAAAAGCGGGUAAUGGAAUACAACCGAGACAAGACAAUUGAGCGGAUCAAGAAAGAGGAUGCCGCCAAGGUUCAGGACUUGAAGGCACAGGGAUGGAACCCUAGGUAGAUGGAUGGUUAGUUCGUUCCUAUGUUGGGAGAAAACGAACAGCGAGAGAACGGGAGGGAUUUAUUCCAAGCCAAAAGGCUCUGUACUACAUACCAUGACUUAUCAAAAGCUA